AUGGAAAUCCCUCAACUAGUGUACAUGAGACUGUUUCCGAUUCCGCAGCCGGUGGUUAAGGAGGGUUACCUGAUGAAGCAGACGCGCAGCUUCCAGAGGUGGCAGAGGCGAUACUUCAGGCUGCGCGGGCGCACGCUAUACUACGCGAAGGAGAAGGAGGUCAGUGACAUAUGUUCGUGUGUCCAGGACAACGUCUGCGCGGUCCGC